AUGUCUUGGGUUCCCGAACCAUUCGUUGGUCUCAUCAAGGUCUCCCUGCGAUCCGACUGCCGCUACGGGGAGCACGAUCCCUUCCAAUGGCCUCAGAUCUUCGCCCCCGAGUUCGCCUUUUUGUCUGUAGUGCGACACCCCUACCCUGAUGAUCAUCAGUACGCUCCGGUCUGGUGGACUCCAGACUUCAAGACACAGUUCCGACCAGUGGAGGGCUGCGUAUUCAAAUCGCUUGGUCUCUUCGUCUCCCCCGUCUUCCGAAAGCUCGGUUCUCUCGUCGACGAGAUGCAAGAACAAGUUCAGGAGCAUAUCCACAGCCUUGGAAGCCCAAUCCCUCGGCUCGCGCAUAUGGCCACUGCGAUGGCUCAAGCUCGCGAUCGUCUCCGCUUCUGCCCAGCGACGUUCCGCGACUCUCUCUUUCAACUCCGGGAGACCCAGCGUCGUUGGCUGGCAUGUUGCGCGUGGAUCGACUACUCUCGUCUUACGGCGUCCGCGACCGGAGCCUCAACCGUCCAACUUGGCUACAUGGGCGCAUUCUGCACCGAUCCGGGGGACGCCCAGACACUCUAUCGUGCCGGUGUGCCUGUAUGGUUCGUCAGACCCCGCGUUGGAGAUAAUCUCGACGACGUCCAACGGAUUGCAACCCCUCUGCGCCAGCCGUCAAAGCUGGCUCUCUCGCCCUUUGCCUCGGACGGGGUCCCCAUAUUCUCCGGACUCUCGGGCCUGCGUCACCUCCAAGCUGUAUGCUCUGUCAAGCACAUGUACGUCGACGUAUCUCAAGCACCUCUUUUGACGCGAUUCGACUAUCGUGUGCGACCGUCCUCGGAGCCCUCAGCAAGCGGUCCAGUUCGCUCCCUGCCCUCGUCAAGCUCCCACAGGGUCUCCCAGGCGAAGAAAGGUUCGCUACAUCCUAGUCACCUCCGUGGGCGAGACAAGUUCGUCGACAAGGAUCACGCGUGGAUGCCGCGUACGCUCCCAGCGUGGGACUUGGCAAUGCAAUCCGUUGAUCGCUCCCAACCCAGCAGGCCUUCGGAGGAACUUUGGGGCUACUGGGUUCCAGAGCCUUCACUGCUUGUCGGGCCCACUACAGAACAACGCGUCGCGCGCUACCUCAUGAACUGGCUUGGGGUCCAUGACCCAUGGCUGUACCUCCUUGCUCUUCCAGACUCUCCUGCGACGCGCGUGGGGCCACAGUGGUGGCGAGACUUCCUGAACGGCGAUACGAACGCGGCGGCCACCACUGUGACCAAUCGUCGCACCCAGCGUUUGGAGAAGGUCAAAGAGGUCUUCUGUCGCGUGUUCCUGAUGGAGGAUUUCCAAGAGCGAGACUCCGGCGCGAUCGAGUGGUUCCACCGUCCCAUCACCGCGGUUGAUGCAACCACUGGACCACUGAUUCUCUGGGAGUUGUUUGAGCUCGGCUUCCGCCACGAACUCCUCGCCCUCGACCGACUCUUGGUGCCCAUGCACGGGGUUCCCGACGCGGAUUUCAUCCGCGAGCAAGUUCUCGUGGGUGUGUUCCAUCAUCGCGACCUCUACCGCCUUCACCAGCUUCCGGUCUUCGGCGUAGGCCUCUCCCAUCGCAUGCCGAGCUCGCGCGUCCGGUGCGUCGAAGCCCUCUGCCGUGUCGUCAUGAGAUGGCCACAGUGUCCUUCGCAGAUUGUGGUGGACCCGUCGAUUAACGCACAGACCGUCGAGGAGAUGGAGCGGGCCGUGGCUUCCUUCUAUUGUACCACUUUUUUUACUUACUCCGGCCGCGCUCCCCUUGUCCCUCAUGUGUUUCCUGAAUGA